AUGCUCUACAACAGACCCUUCGAGGCCCUCCACUGGGACCUCACUCACUUUGAUCAAUCUCUUGCGCGAACGCGCUACUUCUCACACUCCGUGGACCCCGUUACCCGCUAUCACCUGGGAGAGGACCUCUCCGACAAGAAACAGUCCUCUGAAUCUCUCCUCUCCCAGGUGAUAGCGGAAAUCCCUCGCCCUUCCUACGAGCAUCAGCCGGAAUGCGACGCCGAAUUGGUGUUCCGCUCUCCCCCAUACUUGUCCUCAGCGUUCCCGUUGUACUAUUUGACCACGUUGUCGAGCAUUUUCGACCACAGUGGCUCUGGGGAGUUUCGUCGGUAUCCUCCGUGUUCCCAUUCGAAGUUGAAGUCAUCUGGGUUGUCUUUCGUGUGGUUCUCGGUAUUCUCCCUGAUGGGGUCCCUGGCCUCGGGAGUCAGUGAACGGUCCCAUUUGGGUGGUACGUUCAGGGAAAAGGACGGAUUUGGUAUGGUUGGCAUGCAGACUGACGACACGUUGAUUCUGGGCACGAAGACGUUUGUCGCCAAAGAAGAAGAAGAGAUCCAGAGGGCGAAGUUCCGCACGAAACAAACGGUAACACUUUCGCCUGAAACAUCUUUCGAAUUCAAUGGCUGCAGGCUGUCCCAGGAAGGGAAGUACAUCCACCUGAGGCAAAAAGUCAAGGAGCGAAGAUCAAGCCUAUCGAUCUGA